UGGUUGACAGACGCCCUACAACUGUUUUUAUAUUUUGCUAGAGUUGUCUGCAUUGCAACAGUAAACAUAGCAGUCUGAUUAUCGUGAGAACUUAAAAUUGGAUGUAUUUAUUGGUUAACAGUUUGCCUUUUUUUAAAUUCACUGUGUAUGCAGUUUGGUCCAACUUAAAGUUAAAAAAUCGCCAUAAUCAUACUCAUAUUUUUAGGUUACCGUUAUUAUUGUUCUUUUUAUACUACACUCAACAGGAAGGUGGUUAUAACAGCAAGAGACUAAUAUGUAUAAUAGAUUUUGGCUAUUAUAAAGGACUGAAUUCUAAACUGAAAAAAUGACUCAGGAACUGACUGGAGUAACAGUGGUAAUUAUUGUAUCAAUUGGGAUUUUAAUACUAAUUAUGCUGUUUAUUUUUGCAAAAAGGCAAAUAAUGAGGUUUGCUCUCAGAUCUCGCAGAGGCCCUCAUGUACCAAUUGGCCAUGGAGCUAAGAAGUCUUUGAAGAAGGAAAUUCACCGUAGAAUUGAUGCUAUACCAAAAAUUGUUUAUGAACCAAGAAUGAUAAAUGAAAAUGACUCUCAAUAUAUCAUGCCUCCUGAUAACCAUUUGCCACCCUUUUAUUGUCGUCUGAAAGCCAUGGAUGAUGUAAAACUACUAGAGCAAGAAAUAACAAGACAGGAUCCGUAUCUUCACCGCCAUCCUACAGAGAACUUGCGGGCCUAUUUGCUGACAACACUGGCUGCACCACUCAAUGGGAUGGGACAGCGGAUGGUGCAUCAGUUCUGUGACUUGUAUGAACAUGCCCGACAUGAUCCAAGUGAAUUUGGCGAUGAAGAAUACCAAGUGUUCCACAGACUUUUACUCAAGCUCAUUGAUGCGUUUGUGUGCAGGGCCAGGCUACUCAAGUCAUACUCCAAUAGUCGCAAAUCCAGUCCUAAUCGGACACCUGUUAAGAAGAGUCAGGACAAGUGUCGCCAACUGUUAGAAGCCAAACUUAAGGAGAAGAGAGAGGAUGAGUCACCACCACUUCCUCCACCCCCUGACAAUACGGAGACGACAGUGUGACAUAGCGAGACUUCGUAGCUAGCACAAACAUUAGUUACCAAAAUGCCUCUUUUAUCAGGGCUUCAGUGUACAAUCUGGAAGGUGUGAGACAGACUAUUCGAGGCUGUGCUUUAAUUUUGAAUAAGUGCUUGUGAUGAAAGGUGUUGAAAUGAAUAUUGUAAUGUUAAUCAGCCUUUUGACAAAGAUGUUUAAAAAAGUGAAAUCGUAUAAGUAAAUGAGUACCAAUGAUAUUAUAUACUCUGUGUAUCUAUUCUAAAGCUAUUCCAGUACUUAUCUUCCCCAAUUGAUAAGAGAAGAGGCUAAAUUCAAUUUCAAUAAAAUGUAAGAAUUAUGUCUACUAUAUCUGCAUAAUUUGUUCUGGUCACAGAAAACCUAAAUAGUUUCAAAUUAAUUACAGAUAAAUCUUAUCAUUGUGUUAUCAUAGUUGUUUAGUAUUAAUUAAAAAAUCAAAUUAAUUUAAUUAAAAAAUACUUUUAAUAUAAUUUGUUAUUACAUCUAAAAAUAUAAUACUCUAAUACUGAGUUAAGUGUUACUCAAUCACAAGUGAGUUUUUAUUAGUUAUUUUGUAAAUAGUGAUCUGUGUAUUAAUUAAAUUAUUAAAUAUAUAUUUGAAAUCUCUGUGACAAAUAAUAUGACAAUUCCUGUAUGUAUAAUUUUUAUGACUUUUUAUAUAUUUUUAUUUUGUUGUAUAGAUUCAGUUAUAUUGUUCUAUCAUGUAAAUAUUGCUUGUACAUAAUGUACAAAAGUGUCAUAUAUUUGUUUUAUAAAAAUAUUGAGCAAAAAA